AUGGCGUGGGCCAACAGCGAUCUCUCGGUGCUUGUCCAUGCAACCACAUGGGUGAUGCUCUUCCUAUCGACUGUCUUCCUCGCCCUCCGAGUCUACAGUCGGCUUCGAAAUACCGGAAUUGGGCUCCAAACAGACGACUGGGUGCUCGUUGCAGGAUGGUUCUUCUUGCUUCUAGCGUCAGCAAACGUGUCCUGGUUGAUGGCUGUGUUUCUUAUUCGAGGAAACCUGCUGAAGAUCACUAUUGCCCGAACGCACCAUAACCUUCAAUCUGUCGCUCUAGGGCUGACGAAGACAUCGUUUGGAAUCACACUGUUGCGGUUGAUGCCCGGGGGUUGGGAAGCAAAGCUCAUAUGGGGCGUUAUCAUUACGAUGAACCUGCAAUUUGCGAUACAUAUCAUCGCAACAUGGCAGGCUAUCUGCGGUGCACCAGACCUAGGACAUAUCGGAGGGGAUAGGUGCUGGCGAUUAGACCAGUCGGUAGCUUUCACUGUCUUCAGUGCAUUAUACUCGGCGAUUUGCGACAUUGCUCUUGCUCUUUUACCAUGGAAGAUGAUCUUCAACCUACAAAUGAAACAGUCAGAGAGAAUAAGUGUGGCCGUGGCUUUAAGUAUGGGGAUCCUAGCAGGUGUUACAGGGGCUAUGAAAGCUGUCCAGGGCUACAUGCUGAUCAACGUGAGAUCUCCUGAUUAUCUACACAACCAAGCAGUCUACUGGGUAUGGUCUAUGGCAGAACCGAACGUCACUAUUAUCUCAGCAUCCAUACCAGUUCUCCGUGGUUUCGUCCGCCAGGUCCGGAAACGAACAGAGUCCUCGCCGGGAGCCGGAGCAUACGUCAAGACAGGGGAUACAAGCGGAAGAUUUUAUAAUCGGAGUACUGUGACGGCGACAAGAGCAGAGCCGAGAGAUCAGGAUGCUUCGAGUGACAGCAGCAUACUGGUUUCGGGCCAGCAAGGAAGCAAUACUAGUGGAAGAGGCGGUAUCACAUGGACUACUGAGGUGAGCGUUGAAUACACACCUCGACCUCAAACCGGACAUCACAAUGGAUCCAUAGAGACAGACAUUUCAAAGAGCGUAGGCGAGUUCGAGAUGAAGCCUAUAGAUCGCCGGAAAGGCAGCACAUAG